AAUCGCAGCAGCCUUUCUUGCCGAUUAGGCAGUAUCAACAUGGCAGCUUUCUGAGUUUUGGAGGAGGGUACCUGGUGUAAAUAAACACGAAUUUCACGUUUUAGAGAUAACGACAGCGUUCGUGUGUUUGUGUUUAAGGCUGGUUGGACCAUAGAGGGAAAAUGUCGAAUGACGGAAAUAAAAAACAGUUCUGGAAAAGAAACGCAGCGAAGGUUCCUGGCAGCAUUCAGCAUGUGUAUGGCGCACAACAUCCACCUUUCGACCCGCUCCUCCAUGCUAACCUGAUUAAGGCAGGAAACAGGCCUCCGCCGACCACGCCAGGCAAGCCCAAGAAGGCUACCACCUUUCAGGAGUUUGAGAGCAUCACAAGUGAUGCAUGGGAUGUUGGGGACGAUGACGACGAGUUGCUGGCCAUGGCUGCACAGAACCUUAAUAUUGAUGUUGUCAUGGAGACAGCCAAUAAGGUCAUUGAAAAUCACAGCAAGCAGCAGGAGAAACAGAGGCAGGAUGAUACAACAGAGCUGGAACAGAGAGAAGAGGACACACAGGAGGAGGCGGCAGAGGACGAGGAGGAGGACGAAGACGAUGAGGAGGACAGGGUGGGGGAGGGGGACGUGACCAGCCCAGAGGUCUCUUUUUCCUCCCAGAGCAGCCCUUACACUGAUGGCCGCCUUGUAAAGUCCCAAAGCGAAGCUCCAAUUGGGUCACCAAAAGAUGCAGCAGGUGAGCAUGCAGCCCUCCACAGACAACGGUCUCUGCCCCACCGGCCGCCCCUCAUCCCGCUAGUGGCUCGCAUGGCUGACCAGAACACGUCUGGCACCCCAGCCAUGACCGAGAGGGAAGCGUCUCGUCUGGAUAAGUUCAAACAGUUGUUAGCUGGGCCCAACACAGAGCUGGAGGAGCUACGGAAACUCAGCUGGUCUGGAAUCCCGCGUCAGGUCCGACCGAUAACGUGGAAGCUCCUUUCGGGUUACCUACCAGCUAAUGCAGAAAGAAGAGAGAGCGUCCUACAGAGAAAAAGACAAGAAUAUUUUGGCUUCAUCCAGCAAUACUAUGACUCCCGCAAUGACGAACACCAUCAGGACACAUACAGACAGAUCCACAUAGACAUUCCCAGGAUGAGUCCUGAGUCUUUGGUGCUGCAGCCAAAGGUGACAGAGAUUCACAUUGACAUACCGAGAACUAAUCCUCUUAUUCCUCUCUUUCAACAAGCUUCUGUCCAAGAGAUUUUUGAGCGGAUCCUUUUUAUCUGGGCCAUACGCCAUCCGGCCAGCGGCUACGUGCAAGGCAUCAACGACCUGGUCACGCCGUUCUUCGUCGUCUACGUCUUUGAGUACAUUGAGGAAGAAGUAGAAAACUUUGACGUGUCCAGUCUCCAGGAAGAGGCUCUGAGGAACAUUGAGGCUGACAGCUUCUGGUGCAUGAGCAAACUGCUGGACGGCAUCCAGGACAACUAUACAUUUGCCCAGCCAGGCAUCCAGAGGAAAGUCAAGGCCCUGGAGGAGCUGGUCAGCAGGAUUGAUGAGUCUGUGCACCGCCACAUGCAGCAGUACGAGGUGGAGUACCUGCAGUUUGCCUUCCGCUGGAUGAACAACCUCCUGAUGAGGGAGCUGCCAUUACGCUGCACAAUCAGACUGUGGGACACCUACCAGGCUGAACCAGAGGGCUUCUCCCAUUUCCACCUCUACGUGUGCGCUGCCUUCCUGGUGAGGUGGAGGAAAGAAAUUCUAGAGGAGAGGGAUUUUCAGGGUCUGAUGAUCCUCCUGCAGAACCUUCCCACAAUGCACUGGGGCAACGAGGAAGUGAGCGUACUGCUGGCUGAAGCCUACAGGUUGAAGUUUGCCUUUGCUGACGCGCCAAACCACUACAAGAGAUGAUAAGCGUGGCUCGCUGCAGCUGCUCCUCUUCUUCUCCUGUUCCUCCUCCUCUUAUUCCUCCUUUCCUGCUCUGCAGUCGUCAACUGAACUUAGAGGCCUCUUUUCCUUCAGGGAAGGACCUCCCUUUUUCUUAACCUCCCUUCCCCGAUAUUGCCCAACGGGCCUUUCAGCUACUAAGAGAUUAGAAUCAACCAAUGACUGAGAGGACGUGCGGUGUAGCAUUUUAACAUAUUGAUGGUGAAGCCUUUUCCUUUUUUAUUAUAAUUAUUUUUCUCCGAUCAGCUCUGAAAUGUGCUUUUCUUCAGUCCAGUGCAGAACCCUCUUUCAACACUGAAGGCCGCAACUUUUUAUUAGAGUUUGUUCCGCUCAAGUACAACCUCGGGCCUGAGGCAGGACCACGAGCUCAACGCUGCCGGGAGGUUGGUCUGGCUCAGAAAAUGUUUCUUUUCUGCUAAAAAAAAAAAAAAAAAAAAAAAAAAUGAAAAUCCAAUGCCAUGGCAAUACAUAGUUUUUUGUGUGUCCUGAGGCCAAAAUGUGACCUUUGUUUCAGUUUGCAAAGACAAAGAAAGAUAGCAAAAGGGCACAGCGCUGGAUGGUUUACAUAUCUGAGCCCGCUCUCCUGGUCACAACACCACCUGAAGGAACAUGACCUCUCCUGUUCUUUUUUUCUUUUUUUUUUCCUCCUGCUGCGUGCCGAGAGGGGCACCGUUUGUUUUCCUUCAUGACAAACUAACAGUAGGACUUUACAGAGAGAGAGAGAGAGAUUGUCAGUCUGUGAGGGGAAACGUGUCUCCCUCCUUCUACAAUCCACAAACACCAACCCAAUCCCUCCCCGCGCAGAUCGACAUCGCAGACGCUAAUAAGCCAUUUGGAGGAAGAAAGCUACUUAUUCCCACUCGACCUGCUUAUAUAUAAAAGGGCCAUGUCUUAUCUUUCAACCACCCCUGGUCUCUGAACCCAGGACUACCUCAGAACACACAAGUAGAGAAACCUAGAAACCCACAUGCACACAUUUGCGCAUAUGUCGUUAAAUUUAGAAACAUGCACACAUCAGUACGGGGGCAAAAUAAACUAUUUCAAGUUCAAUUCCGAAAUGGAAUCAUCUCAUGGAAGCUAAGUUAGGAUAUUUACAACAACAAAAGUGCUUCUUCACAGGGUUGUUUAUGAAGUAAGAUCCAAAUGAACAAUUUUGCCUUAAUUAAGAUCCAAGCUGUCUUUGUUUACUCUCCCUUCCUCUCCUGUCUUUUGGGCCCAAUUUUUAUGGGUGAACAAAAAAUGCGACAUGCCACGUUCCAAUAUGUUGUCUGACGAUUAUAGGUAGAAAGAGUCUCUCCAUCAAGUAGUUCCACCUCAAAAACUUUAAAUCAAGUUAUGGCGAGAGGACACCAGUGAAGGCCGUUUGCGCUGAGCUCAACCUGAUUGACUGAUUCUUAUUAAUAUUCCUUCCACAAGGCCUUCCUUGUCACUUCAUUUUAAUGCCUAUAAACAUAUGAAAGCAACAGGUGCACAGGUGUUUUUUUUUGCAGCUUCUUCAUUUAAGGAAGGUCUGACACCUUUAAAAAACAAACAACAAAAACAAACCAAUUACACAUGUUUGAUCCAUAUUGGUUCUACUAAUUGAAUCAUGUGUAUCCGGCACCAAUCCUUUUUUGAUAUCCUCCACGUAGUCAGGGUUUAGCUGCCUUUUUUUCCCUGCCUUAAAAUUAGUGUUGAUUUUUAUUUUUAUUUUCAAAAUGCAUUUUUAAUUUCACAAGGGACAGACCCUUUGCUGUUAAUAAAAAAAUAAAUAAAAAUCAUGGCUUUAAAUAUCAAUGACCGAAACGGAUAACGAUUACAUUCACCCUUUAAUGUAAAACACGUUUGCAUAUAGCGAGCUGCACAUAACUGAACAAAAGCAGCAGGUGCAUUACGAUAGAACCUUAAUAUUCUUGUGCACAGGACUCCCUGAUUAACAUCGUCUUUACACUACCUUUGUCUUUCUCCUGUCUUUGUCGCUCUGUUCAUAAGGAGCACAUGGGAUGUUUUACCCAAAGUCAAUAGCACCAUAUUGGUGUAAUGUUAGGGGA